CAGUUGGCAGCACAGCGCGAAAACCAACGCUCGCUCGUGGAGCAAUGUCGCCAUGAGUUCUUCUCGAGUGAUGAACAGAUCAAAUGGACAUUUCCACUACAUGGGGAAACAAUUUUCUCCACAUGAAGUUAAGAAGGGUAUUUGUAUCUGCUAUCGACCAUGCUGUAUAGUUCUGUGUCAUUCCUGUGGGCACACUGUUAAUGGUCGAUUAAGACUGGAAUGUUCAGAGCACCCCAGCACAAUAUUCUUGAUGGAUAUCUACCAGUGUCCAAAGUGCAAAGCUUUCAUUCAUAUGAUGGAGGAAACCACAUUUACAGCAUAAGGCAAAAUUUGUGUGUUAUGUUUUGAAAUGUUAAUUUAUUUUGAUAGUAAUGUUAUUAUGUACAGUAAUUUGUAAAAUAAUAAAUAUUUGUUC